AUCAAUUAUAUUAAACCCUUCAUUCAACUUUGCUUCCAUGAUCCAUCCCCAAUGGCAGACCUAAACUCAGUCAGAGUGGUUGAGGUUUGCAAGGUUGCUCCACAGCCAAGCUCACCAGAAGAUCACUCAGCCACACCUGACGCCCUUCCUCUAACCUUGUUUGAUAUACUCUGGCUCAGAUUUGCACCCGUCCAACGCCUUUUCUUCUAUCAAAUUUCAAACUCCUUCGAAACCACCACACUCGUUUCAAAACUCGAAGCCUCGCUCUCCAUCGCCCUCCAACACUUCCGACCUCUAGCAGGAAACAUCACUUGGCCCCAGCACUCCCCCAAACCAGUUCUCACUUAUGUCCAAGGGGACGCCGUUUCGCUCACCAUUGCUGAGUCUCAUGCUGAUUUCCAUCAUCUUUCAAGUCGUAGCAACUUUGUUGAGGCCAAAGAGUACCAUCCUCUCGUACCCCAAUUGCCAAUAUCUCACGAAAAGGCCGCAGCCGUGGCGUUCCAAGUCACCGUCUUCCCCAACGGCAACGGCUUCUCCAUUGGAACAUCCAUGCACCAUGCCAUCCUAGACGGCAAGUCUUCAACCAUGUUUGUGAAAUCAUGGGCUCACAUUUGCAAACAUCUUGGUGAUGAUCCAUCUGGUUCAGCUCUACCAGAUCAGCUGAAACCAAUUUUUGACAGAAGGGUGGUCCAAGACCCGGCCGGGCUCGAACCAAUCUUCUUGAACCAACUUCAGAAUCUGGACGGACCCAACAACAGGAGCUUGAUGGUUACCCAGUUUAAAUCUCCACCAUCAGACGCUGUUCGCGGCAUCUUUGUAAUCACACGACCCGAAAUAGAAGCAAUGAAGCAAUGGGUUUCGACCAAAAUGGCAGAGACGAUCAAGAAUGAAAAACAAUCUGAUCGUCCUCAUUUGUCAACAUUUUCUAUAACAUAUGCUUACACAUGUGUUUGCUUAGCCAAGGCAGAGGAAAAGCAGAGCGAUAAGCCAGUUUUGAUGGCCUUCACUCUGGACUGCAGGUCUCGCCUUGACCCUCCCCUACCUGCAAACUACUUUGGGAACUGCAUAGCGGGCCGUUCAGUAGUUGCAGAUAGAAAAGGGCUUCUAGGAGAAGAUGGGUUGACCGUGGCGGUCAACGAGAUCAGUGAAGCUAUAAAAAGUGUGGACAGCGAUGGGAUUUUGAAUGGGGCAGAGACUUGGGUUCAAAUACUUUACCCUGCUGUGAGCAGUGAAGAGAGAUUUAUGGGUGUUGCUGGUUCACCAAGGUUUGGGAUUUAUGAUACAGAUUUUGGAUGGGGAAGGCCAAGCAAGGUGGAGGUGGUUUCGAUCGAAGAGACAGGAGCCAUGUCCCUGGCAGAGUCUAGGGAUGGUAUUGCUGGAGAUGUUGAGUAUUGAAGAGAUGGAGGAGAAACCGGAACGAAAGGAAGAGAGAGAAGAUGGGCUGCCAUGAAAACUUUGGAUAACACUUGAGAUUCAAGUAGCAACCAACUAUAAAUAAUUAACUAUUUAGCAGAUGAGGACGGGAAUCAUUUUCAGUGGAGGAGUUGGUAGCAUGUCGCGUGCGUGACCGCUCUGUAUUGCUAUUUAAACAAUCUUGAUUUAAAUACGAAGUCGCUUUCGGCAGCUUUACUUUAUAUUUGGUUGAUUGCCAGAUAAAGUGCAAGGGAAAUUGGCACCGCCACGUGGGGUACAAAGGCUAGCAAAGAUGGCUGGUCUUCUGACUUGUUCGGAUGCCUCCACCCGUUGUCUAUUUUUUUAACACAAAAGAAUUUAGACCACUAUUGAUUGAUAGUUAACCAUGCUCGGACGAUGAUUCUUUUGCACUAAAAUGUCUAAUGGCGGAAGCUGGACAUGUGAUGAAACGACCCGACCCAAUUUUCACUUUGAAAUCCGGGCCGAAUCCCGUUUUAAAUUGACACCUGG